AUGUCCUCCGAUACCCUGAUUCUCCCAACGCCGGAAAUCUUUUCCGCCUUCCCGUACACACCGCCAUAUAAUAUCCAGGCCCAACUCAUGCGACACUUAUACGAGGCAAUAGAAAACAGAAAAGUCACUGUUAUCGAAUCUCCUACAGGAACUGGGAAAACGUCCAGUCUUCUUUGUGCAGGCCUCACCUGGUUACAUGAUGAAAAAAAUCGCGCAAGGAAGGGAAAACUGAACAACGCGGCUACUGGUGAUGAUUGGGUUUCCACACAAACCCGUGACCGACUCCGCCGCCAGCUUGAGGCGGAGGAGUUGGAGUGUGAGCAAAGGUUGGCGGAUGCUAGGCAGAAAGAGGCCCAACUGAAAAGUAGAGCACGGGUGUGGAAGAAACCGAAACCUGAUGAUAAGCCUCAGCAACCGUUCAUUGACGCAGAUGCCUCGUUUCUCCCUGAAGACGACGGCACACCAGGAGACGAUGAUAUGAACCUAUCGCCUGCGGUGAAAGCGUUAAUGGCCCGUAUGAAAUCCCAUACUGACAGCGAGGAACUGGAAAUGACGUGCACCAAAAUCUACUACGCCUCUCGCACCCAUUCACAACUUACACAAGUAUUGCCUGAGCUGAGAAAGCUGAAAAUACCUAGAUGCAGUAUGGCUAAUAUUGAUGCAGUGCCUAAUUUGGACCAGGAUGUGCCCUACUCUCUCGGUAAACGCAAAGAGCAAGACAAUUUAUCGUCAAUUUGCUCGGAUGAUCACAAAUACUAUCAAUCGCGCGCUCUCUCUCUUGGGUCGCGAAAACACCUCUGUAUCAAUGCUGAGCUGCGUGGCCGAGUAAGAGACAUCGAUGAAGGAUGCAGGGAGCUCCUGGCUGAAAACCGCUGUCCUUAUCUCCCUCCGGUCGGUGAGGUAGUGAGAAUGAAUGAGUUUAGGGAUCAAAUUUUGGCUACCCCCAAAGACAUCGAAGAUCUUGCUCUCUCAGGUCGAGUAUCUGGUAUCUGUCCGUAUUUCGCAUCUAGAAAGGCUAUUCCGCAAGCAGAGCUCAUUACUCUCCCUUACAAUCUUCUACUUCAAAAAUCUGCACGGGAGGCUCUGGGAAUCGACUUGAAGGAUCAGAUUGUCGUUGUAGACGAAGGUCAUAACCUAAUACCCACCCUCCUCUCUCUCUCUACGGUUCAUCUAUCCCUUCCGCUCCUACAGACCGCGCUAUACCAGGUCACUACUUAUGUCACCAGGUUCCGAAACAAACUCAACCCAGCAAACCUCGUUCAAUUAAAACGCUUGCUGGCGUUCUUGAACGCACUCGCUAGAUAUUCAGGGGAAUGGAGGGACAUGAGAGUUGAGCCACGAGCGAACGAUACUCAAUCCGCUCAAUCAGAAGUUUCGCCGACGACGAAAACGGAGCAGAAAUCACAACAACUCGAGGUUCAAGAGGUCUUAACUCCCGCUGAGCUUAUCGAGCGCAUGGGAAGGAAGGUCUUGGGGCUGAACAUGUUGGAGAUUGUCAAUUAUCUUAAGAAGAGCAAGAUAGCUAGGAAAAUAUCCGGAUACGCUGAGAAGUUGAUCGAGCAAGCAGAAAAAGAUAAGGAGCUUGAAGUUGCUUCUGCGGACCCAAAGAAAAAGGUCUCGGGAAGCAGAAAAGGUGUCGUUCCGCCUUUGCAUGUCAUCGAAGACUUAAUGACUGCUCUUGCUGGGGCUACGGAUGAUGGACGCAUAUCCCUGACCCUCAUCAGUACCUCCGGUCCUUCCAUAGCUUCGAAUUCGAGGCUAAAGCAACCAUCUACCGUGGAAAUUAAGUACCACCUCCUCAACCCUGCCCCACAUUUCCGUGAUGUUGUGGACGAGGCAAGGGCUGUGAUUAUCGCGGGAGGUACGAUGAGUCCGAUCUCCGAUGUGCAAAAUCAACUCUUCUCUCAUCUUCCUCCGGAACGCAUAACAAGCUUCUCCUGCGGACACAUAAUUCCCCCAGAAAAUGUGUUGACGGUCGCAGUGACUAAAGGCCCUUCAGGACGUGAACUCGAUUUCCGGGCGGGAAAGCAAGGAGAUUCAUCAACUCUUUCCGACCUCGGCCAAAUCAUCCUCAACUUCACAAGAAUCAUACCAGGAGGAAUGAUUGUGUUUUUUCCGUCAUACAAAUUCCUGGAAAAUGCGAAAUCCGCGUGGGCUUUGGCAACGGGCGGAGGGUAUCUGGAGAAAUUCGGUGCGAAAAAGAAAGUUUUCUUUGAACCAGAAGAUCAAGCGGGAGUAGAGAGUGUUCUACAGCAAUACGCUACAGCGGUAGCUGGUUCAUUGACAACGUCUCAAACAGGCGCCCUCCUCCUCGCCGUUAUAGGCGCAAAGCUUUCCGAAGGCUUGAAUUUUGCGGAUGAUCUCGCCAGGGCCGUUGUCAUUGUUGGUCUUCCUUUUGCGAACCUAGCGUCAGCAGAACUGAGAGAGCGGAUGAGGUAUGUCAAGAGGGAGGAGGAGAAACUUCUAAGAGAGGGAAGAAAAGAAACCGUGGAGGGUGUACGACCUAUUGUUCUGAGAGGCAAAGAUGCUGCCGCGGAGCUGUACGAGAACAUGUGUAUGAACGCUGUCAAUCAGAGUAUAGGUCGCGCAAUUCGUCACCGAGGUGACUGGGCAGCACUUCUCCUUCUUGAUCAGAGAUAUUCUAAUCUCUCCAUCCGGGGGAAACUGCCCAAAUGGCUUGGAGGAGACAAUCUAGUUAUUCCAGGACAAUUUGGAGGUGUUAUGAAGCAGAUGGGCGCUUUUUUUCGCGCCAAAUGCAGAACAGGAUAA